UCAUUCCAACUGCGGUGCAGCAAUGAGAUUUCUUGUCAUACUGUUAGCUCCGGCCAUGAUCGUGAAUGCGGCCAUCGAUACCAAGCGGGUGAAGAAUGCGGACGUUGAGAUUGUCCAAAAGCAAUUGUACCAUAACAAAGAUGGCAGCUUCAAACAUGGCUUCGAGACGUCCAAUGGAAUCACGGUGGAGGAGGAAGGAUUUAUCGGAACGGUUGGUAGAAACGACGAAAAGGGCACUGUUAUACGCGGUUCAUACUCCUACCUGGAUCCAGAUGGUGUACCAGUGUCAAUAACCUACCGUGCGGAUGAGAAUGGCUUUCACGCCCAAGGCACGCGCAUUCCAACUCCACCCCCACUUCCGAAGGCACUGAAAGAUGCCUUCGCGAAGGCCAAUAAACGGCCGGAACCGCUGGUGCAGGUCAUCCACGAAGGUGUCCACUACAGCCGACCGGACGUGUACAACAAGCUGUGAACCGACGAAAAAAAAAAGAACUAGUGAAUAUUUAAACUCCUCUAGCUGUGAUUGCUUUGCGUGAUAGUGGUCGGAGCUAGGCGACUGGGAUCUCCAGCAUUCCAAAGAGUGAAUUAUUAAUAAUCAUUUUGUAAACGCUCGUAAACGCGUGAUAGGUAGUUCGAAUAUCGUAAUUCCAAUUGUAUAAGAUGUUAAACGACCAACUCAACGAAAAAAUCGUUAAAGAAUCUUCGUAAAUCUAAUGUACUGCAAUAUUUGUAUGCAAUUCCAAAGAUGUGAUACUCAUAAAAAAGUAUUCAGCUGCUAGUUCCGUUAUACAUUUCCUUUAGUGCGAUGUUCCGAAUUCAAUUUUGUGUUGCCCCUGAACCCUACUUUAAACAACUUUUUUUGCACUCUUUGCAGUAUAUUAAUUAAGAAAUAAAACAUCCUUCAUUGAGAAGCUUUUCGUGAGGGCAACCACUGUUCGAGAUAAUAUGAUUUCAUUUCAAAAAACGUGAUGAUAAUAAAACACGACAG